GAAGAGGACAAAUAGCGAAAAAGUGAAGAAAGGAAGCCAGACAACAAGAGGGAAAAGAAAUCUCCAGCAGCUGCUAUUGAUGUUGAUGCACUUCUGAUCAUCUGAAAAAAUCAACAGGGGAAAAAGAGAGACAAAAUGUUCCCUGGGCAGAAAAACAUUCAAGGGAACCUCAUAUAACAAUAGACCUGACAAAGUCCACCCAGAGGAUAAAGAAAGCCAAUGCAUUGAACAAGGAAAGAGCAUCAUGAUGCACAGCGAUUGUACUUCACAUGAAACAUCCCUGAGAGGUGAGAGAAAGUACAAAGGCCUGCAGUGUGGAAAGAGCUUCAGUCAGAGCAGUAACAUGAGUUCCCAUCAAAGAACUCACACUGGGGAGAAACCAUAUAAAUGCAUGGAAUGUGGAAAGAGCUUCAAAAAGAGCAGUAACCUGAAUUCCCAUCAAAGAAUUCACACUGGGGAGAAACCAUAUAAAUGCAUGGAAUGUGGAAAGAGCUUCAAAAAGAGCAGUAACCUGAAUUCCCAUCAAAGAAUUCACACUGGGGAGAAACCAUAUAAAUGCAUGGAAUGUGGAAAGAGCUUCAAAAAGAGCAGUAACCUGAAUUCCCAUCAAAGAAUUCACACUGGGGAGAAACCAUAUAAAUGCAUGGAAUGUGGAAAGAGCUUCAAAAAGAGCAGUAACCUGAAUUCCCAUCAAAGAAUUCACACUGGGGAGAAACCAUAUAAAUGCAUGGAAUGUGGAAAGAGCUUCAAAAAGAGCAGUAACCUGAAUUCCCAUCAAAGAAUUCACACUGGGGAGAAACCAUAUAAAUGCAUGGAAUGUGGAAAGAGCUUCAAAAAGAGCAGUAACCUGAAUUCCCAUCAAAGAAUUCACACUGGGGAGAAACCAUAUAAAUGCAUGGAAUGUGGAAAGAGCUUCAAAAAGAGCAGUAACCUGAAUUCCCAUCAAAGAAUUCACACUGGGGAGAAACCAUAUAAAUGCAUGGAAUGUGGAAAGAGCUUCAAAAAGAGCAGUAACCUGAAUUCCCAUCAAAGAAUUCACACUGGGGAGAAACCAUAUAAAUGCAUGGAAUGUGGAAAGAGCUUCAAAAAGAGCAGUAACCUGAAUUCCCAUCAAAGAACUCACACUGGGGAGAAACCAUAUAAAUGCAUGGAAUGUGGUAAGACUUUCACUAAGAGCAGUAAUCUCAGUUCCCAUCAAAGAACUCACACUGGGGAGAAACCAUAUAAAUGCAUGGAAUGUGGAAAGAGCUUCAGUUACAGUAAUAGCCUCAGUUUCCAUCAGCUAACUCACACUGGAGAGAAACCGUAUAAGUGCUUGGAAUGUGGAAAGAGCUUCAGUCGUAGCAGUUACCUGAGUUGCCAUCAAAGAAUUCAUACUGGGGAGAAACCAUAUAAAUGCUUGGAAUGUGGAAACAGCUUCAGUCGUAGCAGUUACCUGAGUUCCCAUCAACAAACUCAUACUGGGCAGAAACCAUAUAAAUGCAUGGAAUGUGGAAAGAGUUUCAAGCAGAACAGUUCCCUCAGUUCCCAUCAAAGAACUCACACUGGGGAGAAACCAUAUAAAUGCAUGGAAUGUGGAAAGAGCUUCAGUCAGAGCAGUCAACUGAGUUUACAUCAAAGAACUCACACUGGGGAGAAACCGUAUAAAUGCAUGGAAUGUGGAAAGAGCUUCAGUCAAAGCGGUGACCUGAGGUCCCAUCAAAGAACUCACAUUGGGGAGAAACCAUAUAAAUGCAUGGAAUGUGGAAAGAACUUCACUCAGAAAUGUCAUCUGAGUUCCCAUCAAAGAACUCACAGUGGGGAGAAACCAUAUAAAUGCAUGGAAUGUGGAAAGAGCUUCAGUCAAAGUACUCACCUGAUUACACAUCAAAGAACUCACAGUGGGGAGAAACCAUAUAAAUGUAUGGAAUAUGGGAAGAGUUUCACUGACAGCAGUGCCCUGAGUUCCCAUCAAAGAACCCACAGUGAGCCUAAAAUGCACUGGCCUUUUUUGCAGCAACAUGAAACUGUUGGCUCUUAUUUAGCUUCCGAUGCACGACAAUUCCCAGAUCCUUCUCGUUCAUUGUUUUGCUGAGCCAUGUAUUCCCCAUCUUGUAACUGCAAUUGGUUUCUUUUUCUGAUGUGCAGUACUUUGCUCUUCUCCUCUUCAAAUUUCAUUCUAUUGCUUUCAUCCGAGGGCUCCAGCCUAUGAAGCUCAUUUUGAAUUUUUUUUCUGUCUUCCAGGAUAAUAUUUAUGUUAAUUUAUUUAUUUAUUUAUUUUAUGUAUAUCCCGCCUAUCUGGUCAGCUGAGGAUAGUAAUGACUACUACACCCAAUUUUGUGAUAUUCACAAAUUUAAUUAGCAUUAUCUGCAUGUUAGAUAGUGGAAUAGUGACACCAAUAAGAGUCACGACACAGCAGUAGUUCCACACAACUUUACUAGAGACAAGAGCAAACACACACACACACAUACAUAUAUGUAAAAAAAACCUCUCGUUUAGAGGAUUCCACCCCUCCUAAUUACUCAGCGUCUGUGCUAAUUGGGAGGAGGGAAAGUUAUCCAGAAGAGAUGAUGUAGACUGAUCUUUUCCAGUCCUCUGGUCACUGUUGAGUUUUCUAAACUUGUUGGCAUAUUGAAUGUAGCAC